UGUCCGUGUGUGUGAGCGUUAGCAUGGGGAGUGUCUGUUACCCUGAUAAGGCAGCCCUGACCGUUUAGCAAACUAACGUCACAUUGUCGUGGUGGAGCAUUAGUUAGUUCGACAAAACCAUUUACAUGCGUUUCAUACUGUGCGGAGGAGCUGACAACUGACUGAGCGAACAUGUGGCUCCCCAUGCUUGGAAUGACCGCCCUGCCACACAUAGGAGGGCUGUACGGCGGUUACAUCACACGCAAAGAGGUGAAGACCUGGUACCCAACCCUGCGCAAACCAUCAUGGCGUCCACCAAAUGCAGCAUUCCCAGUAGCUUGGACCUGUUUGUAUACAGGAAUGGGUUAUGGUUCCUACCUGGUGUGGAAAGAGCUGGGAGGUUUUACUCAGGAUGCUAAGGUUCCACUGGGACUUUAUGGACUGCAGUUAGCUCUGAACUGGGCCUGGACUCCUAUCUUCUUUGGUGCACACAAGCUGAAACUGGCACUCAUGGAAAUUGUGCUUCUUACUGGUGCUGUUGGAGCCACCAUGGUGUCUUGGUAUCCCAUCAGCCAAACUGCAACACUGCUGAUGGCGCCCUACCUGACCUGGCUGUGCCUUGCCACCUCUCUCAACUACUGCAUAUGGAGAGACAACCGUGAGGAGAAAGAAGAGUAGGAGACACAGUGUUGCCUUAUGUCUAGCAGACUGGUUUGCUUAGUCAUAUGCAGUAUAUUAAGGAAGGAUAAGACAACCUGCCUCUGAUCUGUAACCCAAAUUCAAUAGAUGCCUGCUAAAAAGCCACAUUGAUCACCUUAUCAUAUGGAUGUAUAAAUGCAAUUCUUGGUGUGCUUUGAGUGAAGUGUAAAACUUCAUUAUUUGCCUUUUCUAAAUGUCUCAUUUUAUGUGCAUUUGUUAUGAAUAGUUGUGUGUUAGUAAACCUCAAUUAAAAUAAAGAUUUAUAUCCAAUU